UGGUUUGAAAUAUGAAGAAGGAGGAAGCGUGAAGCAAGGACUAAGGAAGAGAGAUUAAUCAAAUGGUGUAAAAGCAGCCAAGCAAAUUCGAAAGCGCCCCUCACGAGAACCCACGUAACUCUUCAUUUCAUUUCAUGUUCUUCUCGUUCUUCCCCAACAAUAACUCCUCCUAUAACACAACCUCAAAUCCUUCUUCUCUUCCUUUCUCCCACCACAACUACCCCACUUCAAUUAAUCGCAAACUUUAUAACAAAAAUCCAAUCACUUCACUUUAUAUAUAAAUAAAGGUGAACAUAAGAUAUUGUCAACACUUUUAAUUAAUAUACAUUCUAUUCCAUUCCUUCCAAACAGAAUAUUCAUUUCAUUCGCGGCUUUUCCCUUUCUAUAAUUCCCUGAUCUAAUGAAUUAUUAUGAUUGAAUUUAUUACUGCAAAAAGAAAAAGAUUAGAAUUUAGAAUAAUUAUAAAUUGAGGAUGGAAGCGGUGGGGAGGUUAGGGAGCUACAUUAGUCAAGGCGUAUACACCGUAUCAGGUCCUUUUCAUCCAUUCGGUGGUGCCGUUGAUAUCGUCGUCGUUCAACAACAAGAUGGAACCUUCAAAUCUUCUCCAUGGUACGUCCGAUUUGGCAAAUUCCAAGGGGUUUUAAAAUCAAGAGAAAAAAUGGUUCAAAUUAACGUUAACGGUGUACAGGCUGAUUUUCAAAUGUAUCUCGAUCAUAAAGGUGAAGCUUACUUUCUAAAAGAAAUUGAUGCCGAUGCCGAAUCAAUUUUGAUUGAUCCGUCUUCUUCCGGUUAUGACACUGAUGAUCAAUCUAGAAGCAGUAAUUUCGGUUCUGAGGAUGGGAAGAUUGUUGGAAGGACUAGUUCUCGUCGGUCUCGAAUAUUAGGUCUUAUGUUUGGAAGAAGGUCUUUGAAAGGUGAAUUUGAAGAUGCUAUUGGAAAUAAAGAACGUGCUGAGAUUGCAGCUAAUUUGUUGGAUAUUAAGUGGUCAACGAAUCUUGAUAGUGAGGUUAAUCAAGAUGGGGAUCAUGUUGUGGUUGUUGACAAUGAGGAUGAAAAGAAAUUGAGUGGUGAAGAGGUUUCUGUGGUGGUGGAGAAUGUUGAAGAGAGUUCUAAUGUGAGUGUGGUUUGUUGUUCGAAUGAACAAACUCACGAGGUUAUGUACCUUGCUCAUGGGGAAAGUGGGGAGGUACAUGUCAAUGAUCAAGUCUUGCAUGUUGCAACUUCACUCUUAUCUGAGGGUACGGAAACUAAGGAAGUUGCUAAGAAUACUGGUGUAGUGGAGGUCUUUGAGUUUCAUUCUAAGGCUCAGCAAACAGAUUCUUCUGAUUCUGAUGCUAGUAUGUACGAUGUGGAGGAUGUUGAAGACCUAACAACAUCUCCAAAACCUCAAACUAACAAUUUGGAUAUAGAACAUUGUUCAAGUGAGAAAGUUGAAUCCUAUUAUGUUACCAACAAUUCCAGUUAUAACAGCCAGGGUGACCGAGAAUUAUGCGAGAAUAACACUAACAUGAUAUCAUCUCCACCAUACUCUCUUGGUGAUCGUUUACCUAGUGAAAUAUCAAGGAGAUCAAUGUCCUCGAGUUCAGAUGAAGAUAAUUUCCUUUUUAGUGACCUUGAUGAUAGUGGAAUAAAUGAUCAAUUUGAGGGAUCAUUAACCCCUGAAUAUAUAGAUAAAGAAGAUAAUCUUUCUUAUGAGAAUUGCACUGAAAACUCAAGAGUGACAUCCUGUCCCAUAGUUAUCCCUAGGAAUCAGGGUGCUGGGGAGGAAGUUGGGAAGCAAACAGGAUCCUUGCCAAAUAUUUCUUGUGGAAGUAACAGUAUGUGCCAACAUGUUGUUCGAUAUCCUUUAAGUCAAUCGCUGGACUCAACAUUUCCUGGCAAAGAUGACUUGAAGUGCUUUAAAUUAGAUGAGUACAAAGAAAAGCAGUUAUCGCAUGAGCAAGCAGGUGCCACAGAUUACCAAGAUUCUUGUGAAUUCAAAAGUACUCCUCUGAAUCUUCCCCCUGGAGGUACAUCAACAAGCAGCUCUUCACCUGGUGGAAAUUGGAGAAUUUGGCCUUUCUCCUUGAGCAGAUCAGGAUCUAGAGAAUCUUUGCCGCCUAUUCCAAAUGAUGCCAAGAUUUUCACAGAUGUGAACAAAAUUGAUAUCAAACCUAAUCUAAUGAAAAAGAAGGUUGUUAGGGUAACAACUCCAACUUCUGAACAGAUAGCAUCAUUGAAUCUGAAGGAAGGGAGGAACAUUGUAACCUUCACUUUUUCUACGACCAUGUUGGGGAAACAACAGGUUGAUGCUCAAAUAUAUUUGUGGAAAUGGAGUGAUCGCAUAGUGAUCUCAGAUGUGGAUGGGACAAUUACAAAAUCAGAUGUCCUUGGCCAGUUCAUGCCUUUGGUUGGGGUUGACUGGUCACAGACAGGUGUUGCACAUUUAUUCUCCGCUGUCAAGGAGAAUGGUUACCAACUGCUUUUUCUCAGUGCUCGUUCAAUUUCUCAGGCCUAUAUUACACGACAAUUCCUAAUGAAUCUUAAACAGGAUGGCAAAGUUUUACCAGAGGGUCCUGUUGUUAUUUCCCCUGACGGACUUUUUCCCUCUUUAUACCGUGAAGUUAUUAGGAGGGUACCUCAUGAAUUCAAAAUUGCAUGCUUAGAGGGUAUCAAGGCUCUUUUUCCUUCUGAUUGCAAUCCGUUCUAUGCUGGUUUUGGAAAUAGGGAUACUGACGAAAUCAGUUACCUUAAGGUUGGAAUCCCUUUAGGAAAAAUCUUCAUUAUAAAUCCCAGGGGAGAGAUAGUUGUGAACCGAAGUCUUGACACAAAAUCAUAUACUUCGAUGCAUGCUCUCGUGAACGGAAUGUUCCCCCCAACGAGCUCUUCUGAGCAGGAGGAUUUUAAUUCAUGGAAUUACUGGAAGCUACCUCCUUCUGCAAUUGAUAUUUGAAAGAGCACUGGCUUUUUUUGGGCUCUCAAUCACCUUGGUCCUGGAUAUGGAUGGGUGCAGGCAGUGUAGCUCUUAAAAGAAUAUGGGAAACGGCCUUUUCUAUUUGUGGAUUGAUUUAUAUCGAAAAUCAUAGUUUUGGAUGGAAUUCUUAUGGAAGUUCAGGCUGAAACUUCUUUCCUGGUGGAUGCUAUGAGACCAGGUCCAUUUUUGUUAGUGUGUAGUUAAGUCCUAAUCCUUUGCAUUCGAGUGUAUAAUUGUAUAUGUAUGUGUACUUGAAUGACUCCCCUUGGUUCCAUUUUUCCAGCAUAAAGAAAGAGUAUGCUUAUUAUCAUUUC